AUGGAAAACCCAGUUCAAGACAUUCCAAGUAUCAUAGAUCUUAUUCUUUGCUCAAGUAAUUCACAUAAACCACAAGAAGUUGCAAAAUAUUAUUGCGAAAACCUUGAAUUUAAAAAUUUUAUGACAUAUAUUCCCAGUGGACGAUGUUCUCGAGAUUCUUUUGUUGCAUUAAAUCAAUGUUAUAGGGGAUAUAUAUGUCCAGGAAAAACGAACGUUCAUGAAGUAUUUUUUAACGAAGAAAAAAAUAAGGUUGUGAUUGACGUAACACAUCAUGCACGUCGUGGAAUUUUCUUCUGGGUUGACCAGCCAAUAAGACUCAUUGUAAAAUUAGAUUUAACCUUUGGCAAUGAUGGAAAAUAUAUUAUUAAAAGACAAGAGAAUUUAUGUCAACCGGAGGAAGCUGCUGGUGCUCUAGUGCCUUUGAUAGUUCCUAGUUUACUGCUUUUCCAAAAACAAAUGUUUACUACGGCUUGUGUUGUCGUUGGAAAGUGGCGUCGGUUGAUUGGAUGGAAAUAG